AUGUCCGAUCAAAAGAAUUUCAACGUUGGAGUGGUUGGAUAUGGCAUGUCAGCCAAGGUCUUCCAUAUCCCAUUCAUCAAACUCACCCAAGGCCUUACGCUGCACUCCAUCGUCCAGCGCAGCCCCAAACCCAACGACUCCGCCCCGCAGGACUACCCCGGCAUUCACCAUCACACGUCAGUCGACACCUUUUUGGCCGAUCCGGCCCUGGAUCUCGUCGUCAUCUCCACGACGCCAGACACCCACUACGCCUUUGUCAAGCAGGCCCUCGAGGCCGGCAAGCACGUCCUGGUUGAGAAGCCGUUCGUGCCGACGUCGGCCGAGGCCGUCGAGCUCGCCGAGCUAGCCCGCACCCAGGGGAAGCUGCUGUGCGUGUACCAGAACCGCCGGUGGGACGGUGACUUUGUCACGCUCCGGCGGCUGCUCGAGGCCGGCGAGCUGGGCCGCAUCUGGGAGUUCGAGACGCACUUUGACCGCCACCGCGCCGCGCACCCGACCAACUGGAAGGCCAGCAUGACCAUGUCGCAGGGCGGUGGCGUCGUCUACGACCUGGGCACCCACCUCGUCGACCAGGUCUACGUCCUCUUUGGCAAGCCCUCGGCCGUGAGCGCAAAGUUUGUCCGCCAGCGCGAGGGCCGCCUCGUCUCGGGCGUCGACGGCAUCGAGGACGAGCCCGACAGCGUCAACGCCGUGCUGAGCUAUGCCGAUUCCGGGCUGCUGGUCCACGUGCGCAUCGGGGUGCUGAGCGUCGAGGCCGAGCAGCCUAGGUUCUGGGUACGAGGCAGCCAGGGCACGUACCGCAAGACGGGGCUCGAUACGCAGGAGGACCAGCUCAAGGCCGGCAUGAAGGGCACCGAGAAGGAGUUUGGCAGGGACGAGAGGCCCGGAAGGCUGGCCAAGCUGUCUGAUGACGGCAAGGCGCACGAGGUUGCGUAUCCCAACAUUGAUCCGCCGGCUACGUACCUGCAGCUGUACAGGGGGCUUGCGGCUGCGCUGAGAUCCGGCAAGGAAGAGGACUGCCCCGUGCCGGCGACCCAGGCGGCCGAGGUGUUGAAGAUCAUCGAGGCGAUGCGGGAGAGUGCCAAGUCUGGAAGGGAUGUGGUGCCUGCUUAG